UUCUGUCAAGAUAUUUACCGUGAUAUAAUGAAGAAUCCACUGGGAUCUAUAAUUUGGGCGUAUCUUAAACCAAUUUUGAGAGGCAAGAUUUUGUACACACCAGAUAAUGACCUGACAAGACAGAUUGUAACAGAGGCUAACAAUAUCUUUGAUAUAUUAGUAGAAGUUAGAAAUGUUGCUAGAGCCUGGGUUACUGGGUCUCCUGGUCUUAAAGCAAUGGUGGAAGAAGCCAAAAAUAUGGGUGAUCUGAAGAAAGCACUGAAGAAUGAUUUUAUCAAAAAUUUAAUCCAAUCAACUGCUGGUGUAAAUACAGAUGAACUAAUGGAUGGGUUGGCUGCAUUAGAAUCAGAUCAGUUUGAUAUGCAGCAGUUAAAUGGAAUGCAGACAGCUGCAGAGUUACUGUUGAACUAUACAGAGUGUGUAGAGCUUUCUAGAUAUAUUGGUGUUGACUCAGAGGCAGAUUUAGAAUCAGAGUCCAGAAAAUUGCUGGAGGACAACAACUUCUUAGCUGGUAUUGUAUUCAAUAAUUUAGUGACAUCAAAUAAUCGUGAAAAGAGAUCUACCACAAAUGAAUUACCUAAACACGUACAAUAUAAGAUUCGAAUGGACACUGAUAAUAUCAUACAGACUCAUAGAAUUAAACGAAGAACAUGGAAACCAGGACCGAAUGCAGAUUUUGCUAAUGAUAUGAGAUACCAACGAGGUUUUAUACAACUACAAGAUAUGAUAGAGAAUGCUAUUAUAAAACUACAAACUGGUGAUAAUAUAACAACUUCAUCUGAUCCCGGUGUUUAUCUACAACAAUUUCCUUAUCCUUGUUAUGUUGAAGAUGACUAUAUUCAUUACCUGGGAUCAUAUCUACUACCAGUUUUAAUGACGUUUGCGUGGUUAGCUGCCCUUGGUAUCGCUACACGAAAUCUUUGUUAUGAUCGUGAAAAUGGUCAAGAAGAGUCAUUACGUAUAAUGGGUAUGAAGAGUGGAUUAAGUUGGAUUGCCUGGUUUUUAACUACAAUGUUAUUAAUGAUGGUAGUCUGUAUCUUCAUGGCCUUAAUAUUACAUUAUGGCACUGUGUUUAGAUUCACCAAUAUAUUCAUUAUAUUCCUCUACCUACUAGCUUUCUGUCUCUCUUCAACUAUGUUGUGUUAUUUUGUGAGUGCUUUUUUCACAAGAACCACAUUAGCCAUAUUGACUGUUUUAAUCAUCUACUUCCUAUCCUAUCUACCAUAUAUUGUACUCAUCUCAAUGGAGGUUCACAUGCUUUUCUGGCAGAAGAUCAUUGCUUGUCUGUCUUGUACAACAGCAUUCAGUUUUGGUGCUCAAUACCUAGCAACAUUAGAGGAAAUUGGAACUGGUAUUCACUGGCAUAACAUUGAUGUGAGUUUAGGAGAUGGUGAAGAUAUGACAUUCCAUUGGUCAUGUAUUAUGAUGUUGAUUGACAGUGCUAUCUAUUUUGUACUGGGCUGGUAUAUUAGAAAUGUCAAAUCUGAUGUUGAUAUUUAUGGUAAUUAUCCAGGUAGCUCUACAGGUUUAUUGGGUAUAUGUCCACAACAUAACACUAUCUUUGACUUUAUGACAGUAUUGGAACAUAUGGAAUUUUAUGCUGGUAUAAAAUCAGAAAAUUCUUCAAAAAAAGAAAUCACUGAUUUACUAAAAGAUGUAGAUUUAUGGCAUGUUCGAAAUGUUCAGGGUAAGAAUUUAUCUGGUGGUAUGCAGAGAAGAUUAUGUGUUGCUAUGGCAUUUGUUGGUCAAUCAAGAGCUAUUGUAUUGGAUGAACCUACUAGUGGAGUUGAUCCUUACGCUAGAAAAAAUAUCUGGAAUCUUAUCUUGAAACAUAAACUAGGACGUACGGUAUUGGUGUCAACUCAUCAUCUUGAUGAAGCUGAUAUGAUAGGAGAUCGUGUUGCUAUAUUACAUACUGGUAAACUCCUAUGUUCUGGUUCACCUGUGUUUUUAAAAUCCUGUAUUGGAGGAGGUUUAUCUCUUACUUUAGAAAAACAACUUCCCUCACCAGUAAGUCUUCAAACCUUUACAACUAGGGUACAAGAUUUUAUCAACCACUACCAUCCUAAUGCUGUAUUAUCAGAGGAUAUUGGUACCGAAUUAGAAUUUAAACUACCAAAAGAUUCAGUAACUGCUUCAUGGCACGAGUUCUUUAUCAGUCUUGAUAAGAAUAAACAACAGUUAAAGAUUGCUAGUUAUGGUGUCUCAGAUGCUACUUUAGAAGAUGUAUUCCUCAAAGUAACUACUAUAGUGGAUAGAGGCGAAGAAUUAAGCAGUAUCACGUUGAAAGAAGACUUAAAACGUACACGAUCCAAUUCUAAAGACAGUGAUUCCACUUCAGAUAGCAGUUCAGAAACUCGUAAAUCUGGAUGUGGCUUGAGUUUCCAUCAACUAGGAGCAUUUUUAUUAAAACGAUUCCAUCAUUACAGACGAGACUGGAGAAUGUUGAUAUCUGUUUUAGUAUUACCAGUCAUCUUGUUACUAGCAGCAGUUGGCUUUUCAAGAAUACGCCCUGAGAAAUAUAAUCUACCCAAUUUGUUGAUGACACCAACCAUGUAUGGACCAAAUAGCUACAUGUUUUACAAUCAAUUAAAAAUGAUAUCAGAUGACUAUCUACAGAAAUUAAAUGGUUAUGAUAUUGAUGGUUAUUUACUUGAUAGUUUCUCUGAUUUUAUUGAACAGAGGGAACAGAAUGCAGCUGAUGCUGGAAUAGCAAUUAUAGUAUUAAUGGCCUUCUGUUUUGUACCCAGUGGUUUGAUAUUGAUAUCUAUUGGAGAACGUUUAAAUAAUGAAAAACAUAUCCAAUCUAUAAGUGGCGUUGGACCUUUCUUUUAUUGGUUAGCAACAUUCAUUUGGGAUUUUUUUGUCUAUAUGGUAUCAGUAGUAUGUGCUGUUAUUAUCAUCUGUAUAUUCCAACCAGAAGCUUAUUAUCUCCGAUACAAUCUAGCUGGUUUUACUGCUCUACUUAUACUGUUUGGAUUUGCUAUAUUGCCAAUGAUGUAUUCCAUGUUGAAGUUAUUUAAGACUGGUUCUGCUGCCUAUCUAGUAUUAUUCUGUAUCAAUAUGUUUUUGGGUAUAAUAACAGUAAUUACGUUACUAUGUCUCUUGAAUAUACCUGUAUGUUUAUUGCAGCAUGUGAAAUUGGUCACUGAAGUGUUACAAUAUGUGUUCCUGAUCUUCCCACAAUACAGUUUAUGUCAAGGACUUAUCGAUCUCAGUACUAAUCACUUUAAGUAUAAAGUAUUUAUACGAUAUGGAGAUGAUGUUUAUGUUGAUCCCUUCAGUUUUGAUUUACUGGCAUGGAAUUUAAUCGCUCUGGCUAUUCAAGGAGUUGUGUUCUUCUGUAUCACAGUUGUAAUUGAGUAUAAACCAGAGACUACUGACAGCCGUGAGAUGUUGGGUGAUUAUGAUAAAGAAGAAGAUGUGCAAUGUGAAUCUGAUAGAAUAAGUCAAGGUCAAAAUAAUGAAGAUAUCUUUGUUGUCAAUAGACUGACUAAGGUUUUCCGACGAGGUUUGCAUAAAUUUUUAGCUGUUGAUAAUAUUAGUUUUGGUGUACAUCAUGGUGAAUGUUUUGGAUUGUUAGGAGUUAAUGGAGCAGGAAAGACAACAUCAUUUAGAAUGUUAAUAGGGGAACUAACUCCAUCACUAGGAUCAGCAUCACUUCAUGGAGAACAUCAAGUACUAAUAUUUGUUUUUCUCUGUAGAUUGUGUGGCAAUGGAAAUAAUAAAAACUGCGACAUCCUAAAGAAUAUUGGGUACUGUCCUCAAUAUGGUGGUUUAGAUGAAUUCCUGUCAGCUGAAGAAUUGUUAUUAUUUUAUGCCAGAGUUAAAGGUUAUACAGGUUCAAAUGCUACUUCUAUGGUACAAGACUUAAUAGACAAAUUCAAGUUAAACAGGUAUGCUAAGAAAGCUAUAAAGACCUACAGUGGUGGUAACAAACGGAAAGUAUCAUUAGCCAUAGCCAUGAUUGGAGAACCAGAUAUUUUAUUCUUGGAUGAACCAACAACUGGUAUGGAUCCCGUAACACGACGUCUGGCAUGGAAAACAAUUCACCAUGCCACUAGACAGGGACAAUCUGUGGUGUUAACUUCACAUAGUAUGGAUGAGUGUGAUCACCUCUGUUCUAGACUAGCCAUCAUGGUCAAUGGACAACUGAAAUGUCUGGGCAGUCCACAACAUCUUAAGAAUAAGUUUGGUGAUGGUUAUAUUGUUAGAAUAAGUAUACCAAGUCUCAGUAAUAAUAAGAUAGCUGUUAUUCAAGCUUUUAUUAACCAGUUCCCUGGUACACAAAUCAAGGAAGAGACAUCAGAAAUAGUACAGUUAGAUAUACCACGAGAAUCAAGUUGUGUAGCUGAUAUAUUCUCUAUGUUAGAAAGGUUACAGACACAGAAAGACAUUCUAGAGUAUUCUCUCUCGCAAACUUCUUUAGAUGAGGUAGGUAGCCUAUUGUUUAUUAUCUAA